AUGCAGAAUCUGACUGAACUUCCUGUUAAUGCAACGUCUCAAAAAAGGCUGGCGGUUAUCAUCAAGGUGUGUGCAGUUAUCCCCUUCUUCUGCGCCUUCCUCUGCUGCAUCGUUGUCAUGCUGCACAUCUUUGCCUCUCAAAGGCAGUUCCUAGAUAGCUCUCGAUAUAUCCUGUUUGCUCACAUGCUGAUCAAUGACACCCUGCAGAUCCUGUCCUCUGUGCUGCUCUUCCUGUUUGUAAUGGGUCAGGUGAAAUUUCCUGUUGUCUACUGUGUUCCACUGUUGUUCGUAUCCACCGUCACUUACCAGAACACACCGUUAAUCCUGGCUGCAAUGUCACUGGAGCGUUAUGUUGCCAUUUUCUAUCCCCUGCAGCGCCCCGCUGCCUGGCACUCAGGCCGUAUCUGGAUCAUUAAUCUUUGUCUGUGGCUUAUAAGCUGCAUGUUCCCCAUCAUCGAGUACUCCAUCGGGAAGCAAGAUCCUGCUGUGAAAAUCCUCUCUACCCCUGUGCUCUGCAAAACUGUAGUUUUCAGCUCAUCUCCAAUCCAAGUAUUGUUCAGAAGUGCUGUGAGUGUGAUGUUCUUUGCAGUUGUGGCUGUUGUCAUCUUCUUCACAUACGUGAGAAUCCUGCUGGAAACCAGGAAGCUGAGACAGGACAGAGUAUCUGUGAACAAAGCCAUGCACACCGUGCUGCUGCACGGCUUUCAGCUGCUUCUGUGCAUGUUGGCUUUCACUCUCCCCGUCACCGAAAAACUCAUAUUGCUGAUCACCAACUGGCUACUAGAAGACAUUAUCUUUUUCAAUUAUUUCUGUUUUAUCUUAAUCCCGCGCUUUCUCAGCCCACUCAUCUACGGCUUCAGAGAUCACAGUCUGAGGCGCUACGUUGGUAAAACAUUCCUCUGCUGCUCAAACAAAGUCAAACCCCAUGUCAGAAACAAACAACGGGACCGUUCGUUUGCUUCUUAA